GCGAGUUUUACUUUCGCUAAAGAGCCUAAGAGGCAGCGUUUAGCUUUUCCCCAAGCGCCUUAUCUCCUUCUCCGGCGUUUGAAAAUGCACAACACAGAGGAGAAAGCCGUCGUCUACUGGCGCAAAAUCCCACACCUCAAAUGCGACGCCGUUUCCACCAAACCCUUCCAUAAUUCUUCCACCCUCACCUUCUCCUCCGCCACCGCCGAUGCCACCCGCUGCAAAUUCGCCUCCGUUUCGGUUGCUGAAACCAAACUCCACCACGAUUUCGCUCCCACGGCAACUCAGAUCCUUAAGCACCCGCUCGCCGUCAUUGCUUUUCUUCCCCGAGAUGUCUCCCUCUUCUCCGCCGGAGCCAUUGCCGGCGCCGCCGCUAAGACCGUCACAGCUCCCCUCGACCGCAUCAAACUUCUCAUGCAGACUCAUGGUGUACGGGUCGGGCAAGAGAGUGCUAAGAAGGCAAUGAGUUUCAUUGAGGCUAUAACAGUUAUAGCAAAGGAAGAAGGCAUUAAAGGUUACUGGAAGGGAAACCUCCCCCAGGUGAUUCGGGUUGUUCCUUAUAGUGCUGUCCAGCUUUUUGCAUAUGAAAUUUACAAGAAAAUAUUCAGGGGACAGAAUGGUGAGCUCUCUGUUGUGGCAAGACUUACAGCAGGUGCUUUUGCUGGCAUGACAUCCACUUUUAUAACUUACCCAUUAGAUGUCCUGAGAUUGCGAUUAGCUGUUGAACCUGGUUAUCGAACUAUGUCACAGGUUGCCCUGGGCAUGAUAAGGGAGGAAGGAAUUGCAUCUUUCUACAGGGGCCUUGGGCCUUCGCUUAUUGCAAUAGCUCCAUAUAUUGCAGCAAACUUUUGUGUUUUUGACCUAUUGAAGAAGUCAUUGCCCGAGAAAUAUCAAAAGAGAACCGAAACAUCAAUACUCACUGCCUUGCUUUCGGCCUCGCUUGCCACACUUACAUGCUAUCCUUUGGACACUGUGCGAAGACAAAUGCAAUUGAAGGGUACGCCUUAUACAACGGUAUUAGAGGCCCUUUCAGGUAUUGUGGCACGAGAUGGAGUUGUUGGCUUAUAUCGGGGAUUUCUGCCUAAUGCUCUAAAAACCCUACCAAACAGCAGCAUCAAGCUUACCACAUAUGACCUUGUUAAGCGCCUAAUUGCUGCUAGUGAGAAAGAGUUUCAAACAAUUACAGAGGAAAACCGCAACAAACAACAGAACAUCAACAGUCAAGGAUAAUGAAACUAUUUUUCAGUGUUUUCAGCCAUUCUUUUGCUGAGUUUAAGUUUGAUGCACUAACAGUAUAAAACAUUUUACACAGUCGUGCGAUUACAUCCAUUCUUUUGGAUGAUCAUUCACGCGGUCAAUGUGAAAGGUAGUUAUUUUUAGUGAUGUGCGUUACGUAAUUGGAUGCACAUGUAAAACUGUUUUACACUGACAGUGCAUCAAAAUUAAAUUCUUCUUUUGCUACCUGAAAACAUUUCUGAGACUUGCUUUGGCCUAACUUCCACCAGUAUUGACAAUCAUACACCAGCCAAUGUUUCUGUAUAUGUUGGCUGAGAAUUUUGUAGAAUAUAUAAGUUUCUCUAGGUGCGCUGUAAAUGCAAUAUUCUUUUGAUGAAUUAAUUAUUAGCUAUGAUUUUUUGGGGAUGUUAA